GAAAACAAGCUUUUGGCCACAUCAAGUUUUAAGAGUUCCACAUUCACCCAUUGAGUAAGGAUUGAUUUUGUUGCUUCAAAAUGGUAGAUCACAAAUCCUUUAUUGUAAACAAAACGCUACCCUUUGAUGCCUCGUUGCUCAUUGUAAACAUUUCAUUGCGUCCUGUGGAGGAGAUUGCGUUGAGCAUCUCGCAGCGUUGUGUUGUCACCGGGGUAAAUGAGGUCGCCUGGGCAUUGAGGGCACUGAUGCUGACCGAUCUGACCUCGCUGGGUGGCGAUGAUACCCAGGCGAAUAUACGUCGUCUAUGCAUGCGAGCCUGUUAUCCGUUCGAGCCGCAGUUCUUUGACAAGUUCUUUGAGCGCACACUUCUCUCCGACAUCCACUGUGCUGCCGUCUGUGUGUAUCCGGCGCGUGUCAAGGACGCUCAUACGGCGAUACAGCAGUUCAAGCAAUUGGAUCGGAUGGCCAUUGCGGCAGUUGCCACUGGAUUUCCCACUGGCCAAUAUGGACUGCAAACGCGUCUGCAGGAGAUCAGUCAUGCUAUUCUCGCAGGUGCCACAGAGAUCGAUAUUGUAAUUAAUCGCCAGCUGGCGCUGCUCGGUGACUGGGAGGCGCUCUACAAUGAGGUGGUCCUCAUGCGCAGCGCCUGCGGUGAUCAUGCACUGCUCAAGACCAUUCUGGCCAUUGGCGAACUGGGCACCAUGGAGAAUGUCUAUAAGGCGGCCAUGGUGUGCAUGAUGGCUGGUGCGGAUUUUCUAAAGACCUCCACGGGAAAGGAGGCGGUGAAUGCCAUUCUCCCCGUUGGCCUGGUCAUGAUCUUUGCCAUACAGGAGUUCAAGCGACGCACCUGCCAAAUUGUUGGCCUCAAGCCAGCGGGUGAUGUGCGCACCGUGCGGGAUGCGAUUGCCUGGAUGACGUUGGUCAGUGAAACGCUUGGCAGUCGCUGGUUGACGCCGCAACGAUUCCGAUUUGGCUCAUCCGGACUGCUGGAUGAUAUUGAGAAAGUUGUGCGCGCCGGUGUCACCAGGAUGGAACGCGAUGCGACCGAGAAAGCCAAUCAGAACAACGCCUGCCUCAGAAACGGCAAGUGAGGAUGCAAUGUGCAAUGAGUUGCGCAAAAAUCAGCUAAAGAAAUAAUAAAAUCGCUAAACUCAUGUUAAUGUUAAA